AUGUUGAUAAAAGUUAAGACAUUAACAGGUAAAGAGAUCGAGAUAGACAUAGAACCCACUGAUAAAGUGGAGCGCAUUAAAGAGAGGGUGGAAGAGAAAGAAGGCAUUCCUCCACAACAACAAAGACUUAUAUUUUCUGGAAAACAAAUGAAUGAUGAAAAAACAGCCCAAGAUUAUAAAGUUCAAGGAGGAUCUGUACUGCAUUUGGUUCUGGCUUUGAGAGGGGGCAAG